CUUCUACGUUCACCUUCGACAGAGAUGUUGUUCUCGUUGCUCGUGACAUACGUCAAAUUUAGACUUCCCGGAGCGGGCCGGUCCCGAAGAAACGCCUAGAAAACACGAGGGCCGACCAGAACCUUCCCGAAUGAGGUAGGCGCUGCCAGCAUUCACGCAACUUCAUACAACUGUUAUACCAACUUCUCUUCUUCUUCUCCACAAACUCAAUUCAAUACUGACAUCUCGCGACAACUGAACUAGGGACCAGACACUCGAGUGUGCAUAUAUACUCGACUGCUCGGUCUCUCAGCUGCGCUCAACCCAACGCUACACCGACAGGCAUCGAGUCUCAGCCUGACUCGAAUUGCUUACAACACUACAUUCUCGCAGCCAUGACUUCGGGGAAUCUGCAAAACUUCACCGACCGCGCGACCGCCGCGCUGACAGAGGCGCAAGACCUCGCGCAGCAGUAUGCGCACUCCCAGCUCCAACCCAUCCAUCUUGCAGUCGCGCUCGAAGACCCUCACGACCAGUCAAAGGACCAGCAAAAUGGACCUCCACCGGCAUCUCUCUUCAAACAGGUGGUCGAGCGAGCACGCGGCGAUGUGCAGCUGCUCGAUCGAGCUCUGAAAAAGGCGCUGGUCCGGUUACCUAGCCAGGAUCCUCCGCCAGAGCAAGUCGGCGUCUCACCCGCCUUUUCGAAGGUGCUGAGAGGCGCGAAUGAUUUGUCCAAGACGCAAAAGGACAGCUUCAUUGCUGUCGACCAUUUAAUUCAGGCGCUCGUGCAGGACCCCACUAUUCUGCGGUGUCUGCAAGAGUCCAACGUUCCCAACGCGAAGAUCAUCGACGAAGCAAUCACGCAAAUCCGAGGCACGCGGAGAGUCGACAGCAAGACCGCCGAUGCCGAAGAUGACCACGAGAAUUUGAAGAAAUUCACAAUCGACAUGACGGCCAUGGCGAGGGAGGGCAAAAUAGACCCCGUCAUUGGACGCGAAGAUGAGAUCAGACGAGUCAUUCGCAUCCUGUCAAGACGGACGAAGAAUAACCCCGUCCUGAUCGGCGAGCCCGGUGUCGGUAAGACUACCGUUGUUGAAGGUCUGGCGAGCCGGAUCGUCAAUGCGGAUGUGCCCUCUGGGCUUGCGGCUUGCAAACUUCUGUCCCUUGACGUCGGCUCGAUCGUGGCCGGCUCCAAAUACCGAGGCGAGUUUGAAGAGCGAAUGAAGGGCGUGCUGAAGGAGAUUGAGGAGAGCAAGGAGAUGAUUGUGCUCUUCGUCGACGAAAUCCACCUUCUCAUGGGUGCAGGAAGCUCCGGAGAGGGCGGCAUGGACGCAGCCAAUCUGCUGAAGCCCAUGUUGGCUCGCGGUCAGCUUCAUUGUAUCGGUGCAACCACUUUGGCCGAGUACCGAAAGUACAUCGAAAAGGACCAGGCUUUCGAACGACGAUUUCAGCAGGUGCUGGUGAAAGAGCCCUCGAUCAGCGAGACCGUCUCCAUUCUGCGUGGGCUGAAGGAAAAGUACGAAGUUCACCACGGUGUCACCAUUCUCGAUGGUGCCAUUGUAUCUGCCGCGACUCUCGCAGCUCGCUAUCUCACACAGAGAAGGCUUCCCGACUCUGCCGUUGACUUGAUUGAUGAGGCGGCUGCAGCAGUCAGAGUGACCCGGGAGUCUCAACCGGAACUUCUAGACGACAUGGAACGGAAGCUACGACAGCUGGAGAUUGAGAUCCACGCUCUCGAUCGCGAAAAAGACGAAGCCUCGAAAGCCAGACUCGAAGAGGCACGAGCGGAGAAGGCGAAUGUCGAAGAAGAGCUACGGCCGCUCCGCGAAAAGUACGAGAGCGAAAAGCAACGGUCUCUCGAGAUCCAGGAGCAAAAGAUCAAGCUCGAUGGACUCCGAGUCAAACAGCAAGAAGCAGAGCGGACGCGAGAUCUCCAGACUGCUUCCGACUUGAAGUACUACGCCAUCCCCGACGUCGAAGCUCGCAUUCAAGUCCUCGAACAACAAAAGGCCGCGGCCGAGCGCGAAGAGCAGCACAUGUCCAAUGGCGAGCCUCUCGUCGCCGAUGCCGUGGGACCCGAUCAAAUCAACGAGAUUGUUGCUCGAUGGACUGGCAUUCCGGUCACCAGACUAAAGACCACGGAAAAGGACAAACUGCUCCAGAUGGAAAAGGUGCUCGGAGCGCAAGUCAUCGGACAGAAAGAAGCCGUCACGUCCGUUGCCAACGCCAUUCGUCUGCAGCGCUCCGGCCUCUCCAACCCAGGCCAACCGCCAUCCUUCCUCUUUUGCGGACCUUCAGGCACCGGUAAGACGCUGCUCACCAAAGCGCUCGCCGAAUUCCUCUUCGACGACCCCAAAGCCAUGAUCCGCUUCGACAUGUCCGAGUACCAAGAACGGCACUCCCUCUCGCGCAUGAUCGGCGCACCACCCGGCUACGUCGGCCACGACGCCGGCGGCCAGCUGACCGAAGCCCUCCGCCGCCGCCCCUUCAGCAUCCUACUCUUCGACGAGGUCGAGAAAGCGGCCAAAGAAGUCCUGACCGUCAUGCUGCAGCUCAUGGAUGACGGCCGCAUCACCGACGGCCAAGGCCGCGUCGUCGACGCAAAGAACUGCAUCGUCGUCAUGACCUCCAACCUCGGCGCGGAGUACCUCAGCAAACCCAACGCGCCCGACGGCCGCGUGGAUCCGACGACAAAGGAGCUCGUCAUGGCUGCUUUGCGGAACUACUUCCUCCCCGAAUUCCUGAACCGCAUCAGCAGCAUCGUCAUUUUCAACCGGCUGUCGAAGAAGGAAAUCCGCCGGAUCGUGGACGUGCGGCUGGAUGAGAUUCAGAAGCGCCUGUUCACCAACGGCCGCAAUGUGCGCAUCCAGCUCGACGACGAUGUCAAGGACUACCUCGGCGCUGCUGGAUAUUCACCCGCUUACGGCGCGAGGCCGCUGGCCCGUCUUAUCGAGAAAGAGGUGCUGAAUCGCCUUGCGGUGCUGAUCCUCCGUGGUGCCAUCAAGGACGGCGAGACGGCGAGGGUGGAGCUUGAGGAUGGACAUAUCAUUGUGCUGCCGAAUCAUGGCGAGAGCGAUAGCGAGAUGAGCGAGGAUGAUCAGAUGUUCGAUGGGGAUGAGGCGUUGGAGGAAUUGAAUGGGGAUGCGGGCGAGAUGGAUCUUUACGAGUAAAGGGAAUUUGCUUGUGAAGGGGGAUGUUUUGAUGACUUUACGAAGCGAAGCGUUCAAGCGGUAUUAAAGGCGACCUACUUUUGAAUAGUUAGUUGUACUACAAAACGACUGGCAAGGCUU